CGAAGUUGUACGCUUGCUGCUUGAAGAUGAACGGGCCAGCGAAGAAGAUAGGUACUGAAAGAAGGAGCAAAGCAGCACUCACUCAUCACAUGCGUUCAUCACACUUCAAUCGUAUGUGUGAUGUGAUUGUGAUGGCUGCCGCAUUCAGGGUUCAUCGGUGCGGGUCAGAUGGCGACUGCCCUGGCGAAGGGCUUUGUUGCGGCCGGCUGCUGCAGCGUGGACCAGAUGCUGCUCUCAGAUGCCUUCGCGACGAUGAGGGACAAGGCAAAGGCCAACGGGUUCAGCGCCACUGCGAGCAACACCGAGGUGAGCAUGGCUGACAGAUCCAGCAGACACAGGACGCUCAGAUCUGUGCGUUAAUGGGUGCAGGUGGUGAACUUCGCUGACGUGGUGUUCGUGUCGGUCAAGCCCCACAUCGUGCAGCAGAUCCUGCCAGACAUCAAGGUGGUACAGGACAGGCACACCCUCCCCCCGCCCUCCACACAAACGCGUCCAUUGCCGCCUGCCUUGUCGGCAAUUUGCUGGGUGUCCAACCAACCAGGCUCACUGGACGAGCGACAAGAUCCUGGUGUCCAUCGCUGCAGGCGUCAAGAUCGACGCCUACCAGAAGGUCCUCGGCGCCGACACAAAGAUCAUCCGCGUCAUGCCCAACACGCCGUGUCUGAUCGGCAAGAGCGCCGCGGGAUACGCACUAUCGACGUGAGGGAGGCCGUGAGUCAAUCAGUGGAUCGACAAGCCAGAGAGGAGGGAGGGAGGGAGCAUCGGCACACACCAACACGUGUGAUUCUGAUGGAUGGUGUGUGUCUGCAGGGGUGUGCAGGAGGAGGAUGGGCAAUACGUCGAGAAGCUCCUGAAGAGCGUGGGGGUGGCAUAUCCGGUGGGGGGCUGGCUGGCUGGGUGGGCUGCAUGCCGCAUGCAGACACGCCUACGCCAAGGAUGUUUAGAGUGCAUCUCUGUUCGAUGUUGCUUGCUGCGCUGCAGGUGCCGGAGAACCUGUUGGAUGCCGUGACUGGCGUGAGUGGGUCAGGUCCUGCAUUCGUCUACACUUUCAUCGAGGCCAUGUCAGACGCAGGCGUCAAAGGGUCAGUGAAGGAGGGUAGUCCACGACCGGCCGACCAGAUGACAACCAUACGUUGUCUCCCAUCCUCUCUCUCGUGUGCCUGCAGUGGACUCCCGCGAGCAGUGGCGUCAGGCCUGGCAGCACAAACCGUUCUUGGCGCAGCAGCAAUGGUCAGACAACACUCGACGGAAAGAAACUCUCGAGGCAAAUUGACUUACUCACUCUGGUCUCUUUGUGUGUUGUGCAGGUGUUGGAGACGGGUACCCAUCCGGCUGUGCUGAGGGAGCAGGUGACGUCGCCUGGCGGGACGACCAUCGCUGGCGUGGCGGCAUUGGAGGAGAACGGUAUGAGGCAUGCAGUGAUAUCUGCAAUUGAUGCCGCCAGACUCAGGGCCACUGAGCUCUCAAAACAGUGACAUCCUGGACGGGACGGGGGUGGUGUUUAGUGGGGGGCGGGUGUUUGCAGUGAGUGCGCGUGUGUGAGUCUUUUGCCGUCUCUCCGUCUUUUGCCGACUCUUCUCCUCAGUCUUUUUCGGGUGUUUGAGACGGAGAGAGAGAGAGAGUUUGUUGGCUGCAUAUUUCUGAAUGCGACGCGACGACUGAGCAAAAAAAUGUCCAUUGAGAUAUCGGAG